CUGAGGUCGAUAGACAGCAGCUCAAGCCACCCGAUCAAAUGUCAAACACGUUCACUCCAUCAAACAUUCGCCGGCCAUGAUUCGAUGCACAUCCUUCAUCGGCUGGUUGGCGGCGUCUAUAAAGUGCACGAUGGCGCGUCCACAGCGGGACAAAAAGUCUAGAAUAGAAUGGGGAACAUGGGGGGUUUUCCCCAAUGGUAUGCGCAGCGGUUUUUCUGAAACGGAGGAGGGGCAUGGAUCUGCCGAAAUGCGCCAAUCAUCGGCAAAAAUGUAUUGGGAUGUCUUGAGCUUUUCGCCGUUUUCUUCCUCCCCCUCCACUCCCCCCACCCCACCCUCCUUUACAUGCAAUGUUGCAACACCACCUUCACCACCUUCUCCAGAGUCCAGACGUACAUAGUUCAUCUGAUAAACUUCAAAUACCAGGCAUGUCUGCUUGAUCGACAGCGGAAACCCCACGAUACCCGUUGCCUUAUAGAAUCCCCAAAACAAUCAGGAUGUCAAAGAUGGCAUUGCCUAUUUCGCCAAAACUCCGCAACGAACAUGGUUCGGGAUCCGCCUAAGCCCUCGCCUUGCCCUCUCCUUUUCUACAUACAUACAUAGUAUAGUGUAGCCAAGAACCGAGAUGCCGUU